GCUUCAGCUCUCUGGGUACCAUUUGUGUUCAGUGCAGGGUGGGAGAAAGGAAGUUGUCAUGGCAAUUGUGCUCUAUUUGUGUGUGCAUGUUUGUGGUAUCUCCAGAUACAGACUUAGUGGGUAGUCUAUGCAUUUAAUUUAUUUUUAUUUGCGCCCCCAUGACCGGUUAACUUGAACAGCUACCAGCUCUAAAGAUGAAGAACCAGCGUUGCGUGACCUUGUUCUCCGACCUACCAUGAUGCUGUUCUAAUGCUAUUCAGCGUAUCACUUUGCUGUGAUGUAGCACACAUACCACAUUAUAUUGAUCUAUAUGUAUAUUUUCCAUGACGUUUUAAGUUACCUUGUGCUCUUUUCACGGUGGUAUAACGUAAGGUUGUUGAACGUUGAGGACGUCAGCAGUACACACCGCCCUGUUUUUAAUUCCUGCCCUACUGCUUUCUUCUGUGUGGGGUGGUAAGAUCGCGCUGGUGUGCUGUAGUGAUGAUGCUUUGCUCGUGGUGCUGAGUUUUCUUCCUGCUCGCCCGCUUUCUCUCCCUGUAACACUCUGUCAUGGCGUCCUCCAAUAAUGUAACCCCCACUAACUGUAGCUGGUGGCCAAUUUCUGCCAUAGACGAAGACGGGAAAACCGCAGACGAGGAGGGAAGUCAAGAACCAGCAAUAGACUGCAAACCCAUUUCAAAAGACAGGCUCGUUUUGUAUCACUGGACGCAAUCUUUUAGCUCACAAAAGGUCCGUCUGGUUAUUAAUGAAAAGGGCUUGGUGUGUGAUGAGCGGGAUGUCAGCCUGCCUCUGACAGAGCACAAAGAGCCCUGGUUUAUGAGGCUCAAUCUGGGGGAAGAGGUACCGGUCUUCAUCCACGGCGACACCAUUGUCAGUGACUACAACCAGAUUAUUGAUUACUUAGAGAAAAACUUUGUGGGAGAGAAUGUGGCUCAGCUGAUACCUGAAUCUGGGACUCCUCUUUAUGCCAGAGUGCAGCAGUACCGAGAGCUUCUAGAUGGUUUGCCAAUGGACGCCUAUACCCACGGCUGCAUCCUUCAUCCAGAGCUAACCACCGACUCCAUGAUCCCAAAGUACGCCACCGCUGAAAUACGUAGACACUUGGCCAACGCUGCCUCAGAACUGAUGAAACUGGACCACGAGGAACCUCAGCUGACAGAGCCAUAUCUAUCAAAGCAGAAAAAACUCAUGGCCAAGAUUCUGGACCAUGACAAUGUGACCUACCUGAAGAAAAUCCUCAGUGAACUUGGGAUGGUGUUGGAUCAAGUGGAGGCUGAGCUGGAGAAGAGGAAGUUGGAAUAUGAAGGUCAGAAGUGUGAGCUGUGGCUGUGUGGACCUGAUUUCACCUUAGCUGAUAUCUCACUGGGGGCCACUUUACACCGCCUCAAAUUCCUGGGACUGUCAAAAAAAUACUGGGAGGAUGGAAGCCGGCCCAAUUUGCAAUCUUUCUUUGAGCGCGUUCUGAAACGCUUCGCCUUUCGGAAGGUCCUGGGAGACAUCCACACCACGCUUCUCUCUGCAGUUUUACCAAACGCAUUUCGAAUGGUAAAGAGAAAGCCCCCGUCAUUCUUUGGCGCCUCGUUUCUAAUGGGUUCCCUCGGCGGGAUGGGAUAUUUUGCCUAUUGGUAUUUAAAAAAGAAAUACAUGUAGGGAACACUUUGUGUUCUGUUUGGUGUCUGUGUACUGUGUGACGGUUUAGCCUAAUAACUGUAAUGAUGUUUGACUAAAAAAUGAAAAUUAAAUAAUAUUAAUACGUACCUGGGAACACAUACAUUCCAUGACACUGAAAUAUCAACAGCACAUUGUUAUCGGAAAAUACUUGCCUUAUAUUUAUUGUUGAUUUAUUUAUUUAUUGAUUUAUUUUUAUUUAGAUUUUAUCAUAUAAAUAAACAAAUGUUGUUUUUUCCGUUUUACUUUACGCAAUAUUUUUUCUGCAAGAUUAGUUUUUUAUUUCAUAGCUAUCUAAAAAGAAAUGCAAGAACAACUAGGUAUAAAGCAGCGAUGAAAUUGUUUAUAAUUAAAAAAAGAAGAAAAUGAGCCCUUACAGAAGGGUUGUGUUUUAACAGUCAGUGCUUGAAUGCUUUUGAGAUCUAACAGAAAAGGCUAGGUAUUAAGUUACUGAUAAUGUCACUGAUUUUGAAAAUGAUUCCUUGGUCACUUAGUCCUGGUGACAGUCAGCACGGUUUUUACCAGCAGUGUCCAAUAUUUGGUGGCAUAAAUGUCAAAACGACCUAUUAAACAAUGUCAUCGUUACUUCUGCUAUUGUAAAAUCUCCUUAAGGUUAGGUACGUCAAGACCCAAAUAUAACCUCAGCGUUUGUGAGAGCAAGGUUUCGGUUUAAUUCAACGAUCAUGCAUCAGAAUAGGGUCAUCAUGAAAAAACUAUUACCAAGAAGCAACGUAUAGCAAAGGCAAUGCAGGCUGCUAGAAUUCUGUAGGUACUGCAAGGCCUAAAAGAACCACUAUGACAGAACUGAAGUACGCUGCCUUGACUUUGCUUACUCCUUAGCUUUCCAAGAAAGCUGGCUACUAACUGGUUUAAAUGUUCAAGAUGAAAAUACAUCAAUGAAACUGAAUUUUAAAUCCUGAAUGGGUACUUGUGCUGGUUGGGCAUUAAAAACUGAUGCCAGCACCUUUAAAGCUUGUUAAUGCUCCAGACAUUGCUAAAGUUGAAGACAGGUAAUGAUUUUUCAUGUGAUGGGCACAUGUUUCAUUCUAGCUCAAGUGGACCAAAUUCUGAAGUGUGUCCAAUUGUGGUUGAUGAUACAUAAACCUCAUUGUGAUGGAAAAAAGGGUUCCAGGAUGUGUGUGGGGUAUCUCCUGUAGCAGAGACGGUAGGAGCUGGAGAGCGUAUUUCACAUGGAAUGCCACCGCUACUCCCCCAUAACAGAAAUAGAACUGACAUUGUGACACGUGACUUGUAGCUUAUUGUCAGAUAUUGUGACUCAACGUACACGUCUUCUUGCUCAGAGCAUUGUUAGGUUCAUGGAGCCUGACAAUGGUAGCAAAUGAGGGGCUAGCUAUUUAACAUCUUGUUUCAUACUGUGCACACAUGUCUAAGCACUUGGAUCUAGUGAUUCAAGUGCUUAGACAUGUGUAUAACACCCAUUAUUGCAUGCUAUAAACAGAAUUAUCUUAAUUGGCAAUACAGCCGUGACAGUGCAAUUACAAGCAAUGUUUCUGUACCUAGGGGCAAUGCAAGCACACAGGCAGCUACAAUGGUAAGAGCCAUUAGCAGUAUUGCACCACAUGUGGCAAUACAUUUUGACAUAGCAAUGGUAUAACAAUAGGAUGGUGGUACAAUAUCAGUGACACAUUUGUUCCAUAUCCAUUGUGUUACUAUUGCUGGUAAUAGCUGAAUAGUUCUUCAGCAUUAUAACGGUAUCACAAUCAUGAUUUUGUUUGAAAGUAAUAAUACAAAUGCAUUGCAAUCAGAAGUAAUUCUAUAGUCAAUGCUGCGUUGCUAAAUUCAUGUUUUCUUUUGCAUGCAAAUAAACAAGAACGUUGUUUUCUUAUUUUUUUUUUUAUUUUGCAAGGCUUAUACAUAUGGCACAGAUAGCAAGUGUAUUUUCAGACAGGAGAAAGUGGAGAGAGAAUCUGUUAAUGUACAUUAAUUCUACCUUUGCGAAUAUCUGUGCCACAUCUAUUAUUAACAACUGUUUAAGUAUUGAUGUAUUGUUUCUGCCAACCCAAGAAUAGUGUAGUCUACCGAAUACGUAGAUGAUCACAAACAUACCAAAAUUCAGAAGAAAAAAUAAUGGCAUUGAAUUUGCUAACAAACAUAAAAUACUAGUUGUUUGUUAAUAUGGCUACAAUAUAUGUAUUUUUUUAAUUUGUAUUUUUUUAUUUUUAUAUUUAUAAAUAUGCAUGUAUUUAUGGUGCUUUUUUAAUGAUGUUUGUUCAUAAGCCUUACUUUAUUAAGUUGCCAUCAAUAAUAAUAAUAAUAAUAAUAAUAAUAGUAAUAAUAAUAAUAAUAAUAAUAAUAAUAAUAAUAAUAAUAAUAAUAAUAAAAACUUCAAUUGGACUUGGGUUUGUGUUAUUCCAUGUACAGGGAUUUACAGAAAUAUGUGUUUCAUAUGCAGUUUGAUGCUAUAAUGGCAUGCAUUGAUUUGUCUCACACAGGGAUGUCCCACUUGCAGUUUAAGAUGUGAUCAUCCAAUCGUGACGAAACUUGGUUCUUCCGAGUAUGAGAAUCAAACUCGUUACGACUAACUUAUUUCUGGCUUGUGAUUGGUUAUAGUAAAUCUAUGGUCCUUAUUCAUUAAGCAUUAGCGUGCAAUAAAAUCCACACGAUUUCAAUGUAAAUACUUGCAAAGCUUCAUGAAUAAGGCCCUAACCUAUAUCUUGAAAACAGCUUGCCAGUAAAUGAAUUUAAUAUACUAAUAUCUAUAUCUAUGCCCAAUUUUAUUUUGUUUUCGGUUUGAGUCACUCAAUAUAAUUAGUUAUCUGGGGCCAGUCUUUCUGUAAACUCAGUGCUGGUGUCUUCAGAAAGAGUGAGUAUAUUUAAAAGCUAUUUCUGAUGUGAUAAAUGAGUAUUCUCCGAUGCAAUGACCUUGUAAUAACUGUCGUUUUGUUAAGCUGCGUAACUGUCCCUGGGGUUACUAGAUCCAACCACAAGCCAGAGUCACAAUGCCAUUAGUAUCUUCUGAAUAAAGCUUUGCAUUCACUUUUGAUGCUGUUUAUAGCUGCAUUACUUAAACUGCAUUUCUUGAUCCCCUAACAGUUUAUUUCAAAUGUUCUUGUUAGAUCGACCAUGCCAUACUAAUGAUGUAUCUCGCGUUCUUCCACUGUACUAAAAGAAACGGAAGUUAUACAAUUCUGUUGACACAAAACAAUAAAGCAUUUCAUUUGCUUUGUAGGUUUGCUAAAUAUGUCUGGACUGUGAUGCAUGCGUUUGGAUUCCAGGGGGAGGGUUAUGUGCCCUACAUUCCUCAGUCUAUGCCCUGCAUAAUUAAUGCAGAAGGUGCAGGGUGGCACAGUUGGUUAGGCUGCUAGCUGCUUUAAGCAGCUUACUCUAAGGGUUCUGCAAAACAAGACAGCUCUUCAAACUACAAUGGUCAUGAACAUCUACUUCAGUGCACAGCUUCAAUAAAACGUCUUAUAGUGUGAUGCUACUUUUUGUGGUAUACAACACAGUAGGUUUUAAAAUUGCACCACCCAGAGGACAAAAUACAAUUGCAAUAACAAUUGUUUUUUUUUUCUCCCCAUAGGACAGAUACUGUAGUAUCUUUUGUGCAGAAGGUGGAAAAUGGCCUUCACAGUAAAGCAAAGCACAGUAAAGAAUUGUAUGCAAAAUCAUUUUCAUUCACAUUUAUGCUAGGAUGGUAUAUAUUCUAUCACACACAGUAUGAAGGCUUUAAAUAUACAAGACUACCUACAUUUUGAAGAUUUCAUUCAUUUUCUUAGGCUUUCAAAACCACUGAACCAAUAUAAAGCGCAUUUGAUCAUUGACUAGUCAUUAAAAUGACUCAAACUUAACUGUAGUGUCAAAUAUUAAUUACAUUACUGCCACAGGUCAAACUAAUAAAAUAAAUAAAUAAACCAGUGCAAGAAAAAUCGCAUAAUCGUGUAACCCUUGUAGCUGUUCUUGUUUAAAAUUAAACUAAAAAAAAAUACUGCUACAAUACUGGCAGUAUUCAAGCGACCGCACCCUAAACAAUUAACUGGCUAACACCCACAGUCUUAGUGAUAUCUUAACAUAACAUACUCAUCCCUGUUACACCUGAAUACCAUGAUCCUAUACAAAACAGCAAGUCCUGAACCAUGUUUAAUUUGUACAAUAAAUAUACACUGUUUUAUUAUUUUAUAAAUCAUCAUUGUUACAGUUAGGUUAGAAUUUUGUAUAGAAAAGCCUGUCAGGUUAUGUUAUAGAGAACAUGUUUGUACAAUCAGCCCGUUAUCAAAACUAGUUUAAUGCCAAGUAAACAAUUAAAAUAUAUAUUUAAAAAACACAACAUGCCACAGGCAUUUCAAAAGGAAAUGAAGACAGCUCACGAUUGUUGUAAUCAGUUUGUUCUGUAUUUUUAAUCACUUCAAUAAAACAACAUUUUUACAAAAGCUUAAGCAAUUAUGUACCGAUUUUAAUGGA